AUGGUGCGUUACGUAAGGUCUGCAGCCUUGACUUUGUUAUCCUGUGCUGUGGGAUCAACGCUCGCUCAGUUUCCGGCACAACCGACUGGGCUUAAGGUAUUGGAGUCAAAGUUUGGCGAUGGAGUGAAGAUUACUUAUAAACAGGCAUGUCAUCAAUGUUUCCCUUGUAACGUAAACAGAGAGAUAUUGAAUGUGUCGGCGAAGAACUCUCUCUGCGAAACAACCCCGGGAGUGAAAUCGUACUCAGGCCAUGUAUAUCUUCCACCUGGUACUGCGGAUCUAGCUCAGGGCCAAGACUAUCCCAUCAACAGCUUCUUCUGGUUUUUCGAAGCACGAGAAGAUCCAGCGAACGCGCCUUUUGUGAUCUGGCUCAAUGGUGGACCUGGUUCCUCCUCUGUUAUUGCGGCCUUUGAGGAGAAUGGACCGUGUCACGCGAAUCCAGAUUCUAAUAGUACGAGACCGGCGGAGUGGAGCUGGAACCAGCAUGUAAAUAUGCUAUACUUUGAUCAGCCAGUUCAAGUUGGAUUCUCUUACGACACGCUACAAAAUGUCACCCGCAAUCUUGUGGAUAACAAUGUGACACUGCUAGAUAAAACCGAUCCCAUCCCUGUACAGAAUAGCACUUUCCUUACAGGCACAUACCCCAGUCGCAAUCCCAACAACACUGCGUUUGGUAGUGUCAAUGGUGCUGUCGCCUCAUGGCACUUUGCGCAAGCAUGGUUCCAAGAGUUCCCACACUAUCUGCCGAACGAUACCCGUAUCAGCCUGGCUGCGCAAUCAUACGGUGGUCGCUAUGGGCCGGCCAUGAUGACUUUCUGGAAAAAGCAGAACCAGCGCAUAGAGAAUGGUACUCUGAAAGGUGGCGAAGGACAAACCUAUAUCAUGCACCUCGACACUCUGCUUUUGAUUUCUGGAUGUAUAGAUCGCUUCAUUCAAUAUCCUUACUACCCUCAACAGGCCUUCCGUGGCAAUGGCUAUGGUUUUGAGGCAGUCAACGAGUCAACCUACGAUCGCAUGAAAGCCGCCGUCCCACCAUGUUUAGAGAAAAUCCAAAAUUGCCGCGACAACGCUAUCCUUUAUGAUCCAGAGAAUCUCGGUCUCAAUGUAACUGUCAACGAAAUCUGCAAAGAGUCCGAAGUCUCUUGCCGCGAAACCAUCGUGAGGCCUUAUAUCGAAUCCACUGAUAUGACUUAUUACGAUAUGUUCUCGGAAUAUCCGUCACAAUCCCCAUCACCUUUCCACGAAGGCUUCUUGAACAGAGAAUGGGUGCAACAAGAACUCGGCGUAUCACUAAAUUGGACACGCAUCUCAGUUCAAGCCUCAACCGCAAUUCGUGAAAUGGGCGACUAUCUCCGACCCGACUGGGUCAAAGAUCUCGGUUUCCUCCUCGACAACGGAAUCAAAGUCUCCCUCGUCUACGGCGAUCUAGACUUCGCCUGUCCUUGGGGAAGCGGCGAUGCCGUUGCCAAAGCCAUCCCCUGGUCCGGCGCCUCCUCCUACGCCUCUGCAAAGUACGCCGAAAUCCAGACCAACUCCUCCUACGUCGGUGGCCUAGUCCGCCAACACGGCAAUCUCUCCUUCAUCCGCACCUACGCUGCCGGCCACGCUGUCCCGGCCUACCAACCUGAAACCGCAUACCGGAUCCUCACGCGCGUCCUGUCCAACUUUGACAUCGCCACGGGGACGCAAUCCACCACGGGAACGGGCAACAGCACGUACACGAGCACCGGUCGGGACGACCCAGACGUGCAGCUCAAGCCGCUCGUCGACGACAAGUUGUGGUAUUGUUAUACGUUGAAGUUGUCGACUUGUUGGCCGCAUGAGAGAGCUGCUGUCCUGAAUGGGUCGGCGGAGAUUUGCGAAUACUUGCUCGUCGAUGCGAAUACGACGCGCUUGUUUCCUGAGGUGAUUGAAAAGUGUAGGAAGGAGUGGGCCGCUGGUGGGGGAAGUAGGAAUGCGACGUUUGCGAUGUCGGCGUUUGAAGACGCUGCUGUGAGGGCUGGUGGGACCUCUUGGAUCGCGUUUGUGGUGGCUGUUGGUGUUGCAAUGUUUAGCUUGGGAUUGUAG